UACCAAUUAUUCGCCACAAUUCGCCAUAUUUUGCAUAUCAUCUGUCACUGAUAUCAACCAACUUCAGUAUUGUUAUUCAAUAAAAAUUGGUCAGAUCCUUCACUCGGCUCUUCACAAUAACCUGGAAAAGAUAAAUUAUUUCUACAAACAAGAUGAAGAAGCAAGCUAGAAAUGCAUUGUUGGACAAAGCCCAUAAAGGAUUCGUUUGGGCGUGUCUCGGAUUAACCGCUUAUGGAUCGUACUUGAUAACUUUGCGAGUGUAUCGAUAUUUCACUGUUAUUGCACCAGCAAAGGAAGCCUACCAGCGAGAAUUGUUACAAAAAGCCGAAAUGGAAAAGAACCAAAGUGGGCUGUCGCUUGAUAAGGCUCCUGAAUUGAAGAUGUAACCAUUGUUUUGUAUAUAGAGACUGUUGACUUUGUGGAAUCUGAAUGUUGAUUCAAAUUCGUGUAAAGAAUUAAGAGAAAUAAAAUUUAGUGAAGAUUAACU